GGUCAUUUGAAUGCACUUUGGUUUAAUCGGCGUUCGUGCAAAGUAGUUAAUUUGCAAAUUUGUAUUAUCUAGAAAGGAGAAAAGAAACAAAUAAAUUGGGGAAGAAAAAAAAAACCAAAAAAGGAUAAUUUAAGAUGGCAAUAUCAGCAGCCGAAGAAGUUACGAGUAUAUCUCUCCAAAAAGGACUCUCAGAAUGGUGGAGUGAGGAGACCGAAUACGUGUUUCAAAGGAUAGAACGAUGGGCAGCAUUGGCGAGGGGUUAUAAUCGUCUAAGAUCUCAAAGGUUAUCGAGAGGUCGUAUGACGAUGCACGAAGAACAUGAACCGCGUUGGAGCAUCUCUUCGAACAGAAUAAUCGUCGAGGAUCCAUCUUGGAGUCCACGUUUCCGCAGCGUCAAGAAAGCGACAGUUCACCGUCGAAAUUCGCAACAAGAAAGAAGUAGGAUCAAUUGUUGCGGAACAUUCAAUUAUCAGUCAAACAGUCAUCUCGAUAAUCAUUGUCUGGAAACAUACAGAUAUGAUCACAGCAUCUACUUCAAAACGAUUGGUGAAAUAAGGAAUAGUCGCAAGACCAACCCCAAGAACGUCGAUGAUGAUUCCAGCUGUAGCGAUGAGAGGAUCGAGUGGGAAGCCAGGUUUGGGCAUUUGAAUGACAAUGAUGACGAUAUUGAUAAUCGUAUUAAUAACUACGAGGAUGAAAACGAUAAUAUUCAAAAUGUGGAGACUCGAGUUUACACGGUAAAAGAGGAUCAAACUAAUAUUUGGCCAAUAGUUGACAUCAAUAAACUCACUAUCAGCUGUGAAGACCACGAAAAUUCUUGCUAUAAUGCGAGUGAUCGAAUGGUCGAUAUUAAUCUGAACAAAGAGUCUGAUGAUUCUGAAAACGAAAAUGGACAUUUUGAAGAUCCUGAUAAAACGGAUAAGAUAAACAGCUGCUUCCUUGAAGUCAUGAAUAAUGGUCAUGAUACGAGCACAUUAAAGGCCGAGGACGGUUCUAAAAAAUUUCUUGGCAUUCGAAGAACCAGGAAGUCUUCAAGAAGGAUUAAAACGAAUAUUGUUCAUGGUGAAAAUAAUGUCACGUGGCCUGGUGUACUUUUGAAUUAUACGAAAAACAUUGAUCCACAAUCAUCCCCACAUAAUCAUGCAAUCGCUAGUAAUUAAUUUGGGUCUUAUGAAGUUCUAAUGAUACGUUCUUUCGAAAUAUUUCUCUAAAUACGAGCGCGUGACUUUUGUUUAUUAAAAUGUACAAGCUUACAGAAUACGCGUUCAAUUUUAUCGAUCAGCAAAAUAAUAUUUGUGCAAGAGGGAAUAAUGUCGAUAGCAUUAUUUAUUUCAUCAAUAGCAUACUGACAAAUUAAAUUUUAUUUUAUAUGACAUUACGCUUUUCCUGUUUUUUUUUUGUUACAGCACAGUAAUUGAAAUUAUAUUGCAUUAUACAGUUUCAUAUACUUAAACAUAAAUACUAAAAUAAAGCAUAGGCUAAUGGAUUGUACCAAAGAAUUCAACUUGUAUUUUUCAUUGCUGCUGUAUCAAUUCAUCGCUAUAGAAAUUUAAUGAAAGGAUAAUAAAUGUAUUAAUUAUAAACAAUAAGAAUACAGAAAGUACAAAAAU